GUUGGUUCAUAGAAACUUCUUUCCUUGAAAGAUGAAAAGACGGCCCCUUUAGUUUCCCAAUAACGUACACACAUCUAGCUAGCACCUUUUCUCUUUGUCGUACAAAGAGUCCUGUUUUCUUUGCUGUAUUCCUAGCUUUUUACUGGCACGUACAUAUUAUUGAUGUAUCUUGUUUUAUUAUUUACUUCAUAAUGAAGUAAUCCAUCUUUGCUUGUCCUUUUAGUAUUUGUAUUUGGGUACAAAAUUUAAUUUCAUGCUUUUCCUGCAUGCAGCAGUUUGGAGUGAAGUGACAUUUAUAUAUUGUGUAUAUUUUUGGUGAUCAGAGGAUGGAAGGAAGUUGUAGUUCUAGGAAAAAGAGAGGAGGACCAAAAGAUGACUUCAUUGAUUUGGUCUUCUCUUGGUCUAUCCAUGAUAUUCUUGAUGACACUCUAUAUCAAAAUCAGGUGGAGAAGAUUCCAGAAUCGUUUGAGUCAGUGGAUCAUUACCUUGGGUCAUUUGCUUUCCCUUUACUCGAAGAAACACGAGCAGAUAUUGCUGCGUCUUUGGAAGUCAUAGACAAAGCACCUUUUGGUGAAUUGAUCUCCUUUGAUGAGAAACCACCCGGAUCACUAUGUUUCAAUGUUAAGGUUGACUAUUGGAGGAAUUUAGUUGGUGAUGGAAAGGAGCGUUAUCGAACUUUGCCUGGAGAUAUUGUCAUUAUCUCAGAUGCUAAACCAGAAACUCCUUCUGACUUGCAACGACUCGGAUGGAAUUGGACAUUUGCAUCUGUAACUAGCAUUAAUGACGAUGAGAAUGAUGAUUUAAAUGCAUCCACUAGUUUCAAAGUCAAAGUUACUAGAGAUAUUGAGAUUUCUCAGGGAGCGCAAAAAUCCUUUUAUAUAGUGUUUUUGGUAAAUAUGCUACCGAAUAAGAGAAUAUGGCGUGCACUGGGAAUGAGAAAGAAUUUGAACAUCCUUGAGAAUGUUCUGUUUAGUGGGCAUGAGAAACAGGGUGAGGGUAAACAUGACGUUUGUUCUACAUCUAUUAAUGAUGCGUCAGCUGGAGAAUUUGUUAGCAAUCUGUUGUCUAAGCUGAAUGAUUCCCAGGCUAAUGCAAUCUUGACCUCUCUUGAUUCAUUGAAGUGUCACCACGAGCCUUCAGUUGAACUCAUAUGGGGACCACCUGGUACAGGAAAGACUAAGACAACGAGUGUCAUGCUCUUCAUUCUAUUGAAAAUGAAGUAUAGAACUCUAACUUGUGCCCCAACAAAUGUUGCAUUAACACAAGUAGCUUCACGGCUGAUUAAACUGAUCAGGGAGUCAUCUGAAAAUCCUGCUGCUGAAAUGGAUAUUGUUUGUCCUCUGGGUGACAUUCUCUUGUUUGGGAAUAAGGACCGGCUAAAAGUUGGUGAAGAUAUUGAGGAUAUUUACCUUGAUUAUCGUGUUGAUAGGCUGGUGGAGUGUUUGGGACCAGUGACUGGUUGGAAACACUAUAUAAGUUCCACAUGCGGGUUUCUUGAAGAUUGUGUUUCUGAGUACGACAUAUAUGUUGAGAAUGAGUUGAUCAAACUGAAGGAACUUACAGAUCAAGAAGAAGCUCGGAACGAAAAAGAAAAAAUCCGCUCAUUGAUUGAUUUCGCUAGAUCCCGGUUCAAGUCUACCGCUUCAUCUCUGAGAAGAUGCAUGAUUGUAUUCUGUACUCAUCUACCUUUGUGUUUUAUUCGGGAAGAGAAUUUUGACAAAAUGGUACGCCUUAUCUCCCUACUUGAUUGUUUGGAGGGAAUGCUAUUUCAAGAGAAUGUUGGAUCUCAAGAAUUGAAGGAGCUCUUUGCAUGUCAACAAGCAAUCGAGGUCUCUUCCGACACAUAUGUUGGUGAGUUGUCCUUACCUUGUUUAAGAAGCCAGUGCCUUGUUGUUCUUAAAGAUGUUUGCCAAUCUCUCAGAGAACUGAGUCUCCCUAGAGCAAUGAGUAAGGAGUUGAUUAGUGAGUUCUGUAUACAAAAGGCUUCCUUGGUAUUCUGCACUGCUUCUAGUUCGUAUAAGCUUCAUUCUCUGGAUAUGAAGCCAUUUGACUUAUUAGUCGUUGAUGAAGCCGCGCAAUUGAAGGAGUGUGAAUCUGUCAUACCCUUUCAACUUCCAGAUCUGAGGCAUACUGUUUUGGUGGGCGAUGAGUGUCAACUGCCCGCAGCAGUUAAGAGUCAAGUUUCUGAAAAUGCUGGCUUUGGAAGGAGCCUUUUUGAAAGACUCACUUUGCUCGGUCAUUCUAAACACUUGCUUAACAUACAGUACCGGAUGCAUCCAUCAAUUAGCGAAUUUCCAAAUUCAACUUUCUACAGUAAGCAAAUUCGUGAUGCCCCUGAUGUAAAGCAUAAAACGUAUGAGAAAAGAUAUCUUCCAGGAAGGUGUUUUGGCCCAUAUUCCUUUAUAAAUGUUCCAUUGGGGAAAGAAGAAAUGGAUGAUGUUGGACAUAGUCGAAGAAAUGUGGUUGAGGUGGCUUUAGUGAUGAAGAUAGUGCAUAACUUGUUUAAAGCUUGGAGUGGCUCCAGGACGAAACUCAACAUUGGGGUUAUAUCACCUUAUGCUGCACAAGUUUUGGCCAUACAAGGUAAACUUGGUCGGAGGUAUGAUGACCUUGAGGAUUUUGAAGUUAAGGUGAAGUCGGUAGAUGGAUUUCAGGGAGGGGAGGAAGACAUCAUAAUAAUAUCUACUGUAAGAUCUAAUUCGGGCGGGUCAAUUGGUUUUUUGUCUAGUCUUCAAAGGACUAAUGUUGCUUUGACCAGGGCUCGGCACUGUCUAUGGAUUCUUGGCAAUGAGCGAACAUUACUUGAGAGCAAAUCUGUCUGGGAAGCAUUAGUUCUAGAUGCGAAGGAUCGUGAGUGCUUCUUUCAUGCUGAGGAAGACAAUGACAUGAAGGCAACAAUUUUAGAUGUUAAGAAGGAAUAUGAUCAGAUGGAUGAUUUACUUAAUGCGGAUAGUAUUCUGUUCAAAUAUCAAAGAUGGAAGGUACUUUUCAGUGACAAUUUUAGAAAAUCAUUUGGAAAGCUAUCAUCCUCCCGCUUGAAGAAGUCUGUGAUAAAUCUUCUGGUUAAGCUGGCUAGUGGAUGGCGUCCCAAGAGAAAGAAUGUGAAUUCAUUUUCUGGGAGCUCAUCUCAUAGUGUAAAACAAUUCAAGGUUGAAGGGAGGUAUGCUGUUUGCUCUAUUGAUAUUCAGAAAGAAUCUACCUAUACUCAGGUGCUGAGGGUUUGGGAUAUAUUGCCCUUGGAGGAGGUUGGAAAGUUGUUGAAACGUCUUGAUAACAUAUGUUCAAUGUACACUGAUGAGUUCAUCAGUCUUUGCAAGGAGAAGUGUCUUGAAGGGGACUUGGAGGUUCCAAAGAUUUGGAAGCUUUCUCGUGAUAUCUGUCAGUAUAAAAGCAUAACUAAUAGGAACGAAUUGGAUCAUGAAUCAACUGGUGCAAUUGAUGGUAGAAGUCACGUUGAAAAUUCAAGAGUCAGUGAAAGCUUGUUAUUAAUGAAGUUCUACUCAUUAUCAACUGGUGUUAUCAGUCAUUUGCUCUCUGAUCACCAUGGUGAAGCAUUAGAGCUCCCUUUCGAAGUUACUAAUGAAGAGAGGGAGAUAAUCCAGUUUAGUAGAAGCAGUUUCAUCCUUGGUAGGUCAGGCACAGGAAAAACAACAGUUUUGACCAUGAAGCUAUUGCAAAAGGAGCAACAACAUCACAAUUCUGUUGAAGGAUUAAAUAAAGCAGGGAAGAAAGUAGUAAAUCAAUGUGAAGGAGAAGUAAAUGAGGAUUUUCAAUGUGUAGGAGAGGCUAGCAGGGAAACCUUGCACCAACUUUUUGUAACAGUUAGUCCGAAACUUUGUUAUGCCGUGAAACAGCAGAUUUCUCAGUUAAAAAGCUUUGCUUGUGGUGGAAGUUUCGCAGCGGAAAGCAGUUUGCUUGAAAUUGAUGAUUUGGACGGGACGACACAGUUUAGAGAUAUACCAAACUCGUUUGUUGGCAUUCCGUUCAUGAAAUACCCUCUUGUGAUCACAUUUCACAAGUUCUUAUUGAUGCUUGACGGAACCAUAGGAUCGUCCUACUUUAAUAGGUUCCUUUUGAAGUCGGAACUGUUUGAAGAUAGAAGUUUGUUGUCAGCUGCGCUGAGAUCCUUCAUAAGAGAGAAGGAAGUCAACUAUGACCGCUUCUGUAGCUUGUAUUGGCCUCACUUCAGUACUCAGUUGACCAAAAAUCUUGAUCAUUCAAGGGUGUUUACUGAAAUUCUUUCUCAUAUAAAAGGAGGGUUAAAAGCAGGGGAUUUUCAUGAUGGGAAACUCAGCAAAGAGGCUUAUAAUUCAAUGUCUGAACAUCGAGUCUCUUCAAUUAGUGCAGAAAAAAGAGAGAGAAUAUAUGGUAUUUUUCAGGAUUAUGAAAAGAUGAAGAUGGAGAGGGGUGAAUAUGAUAUAGCUGAUUUAGUUAAUGAUAUUCAUAAUCGGCUAAAGUAUCAGCAUCUCGAUGGUGACAAGGUAGAUUUUGUAUAUAUUGAUGAAGUUCAAGAUCUCACAAUGAGACAGAUAGCUUUGUUCAAAUAUAUUUGUAAAAAUGUUGAAGAAGGAUUUGUUUUCUCUGGUGAUACAGCACAAACAAUUGCUAGGGGGAUAGAUUUUAGGUUUGAAGACAUUAGGAAUCUAUUCUAUACUGAAUUUGUCAUGGAUUCUAAGGGUGAUGGAGUUGUUGGAAGAAACGACAAAGGACUUUUAUCUCCUGUGUUUCAGUUGCUUCAAAACUUCCGGACACAUGCCGGUGUACUCAAACUAGCACAGAGUGUAAUUGAUUUGCUUUGUCAUUAUUUCCCUCACUCGGUUGAUUUCUUGAAACCGGAAACAAGUUUAAUUUAUGGUGAGGCUCCUGUGUUGCUGAAGCCUGGAGCGGAUGAAAAUGCAAUUCUAACCAUUUUUGGGAAUAGUGGGAGUAUUGGAGAAAAGAUAAUAGGUUUUGGUGCAGAGCAGGUCAUCUUAGUGCGGGAUGAAACCGCGAGAAAGGAAAUCUCUGGAUAUAUUGGAAGUCAAGCACUUGUUUUGACUAUUGUUGAAUGCAAGGGUUUGGAAUUCCAGGAUGUACUGCUGUAUAAUUUUUUUGGGUCAUCGCCCCUUAGAAAUCAGUGGAGAGUGGUGUAUGAGUUCAUGAAAAUACAUGGUGUAGAAGUUACAUCCUUCCCAUCUUUUUGUGAAGAACGACAUAGUCUAUUGUGUUCUGAACUUAAACAGCUUUAUGUUGCUAUCACUCGAACAAGGCAAAGGUUAUGGAUUUGUGAGAGUAUAGAAGAAUUUUCGAAGCCUAUGUUUGAUUACUGGAGAAGGUUAUGCCUAGUGGAAACAAGGGUUAUUGAUGAUUCACUUGCACAAGCAAUGCAAACUUCUAGCACUCCCGAGGAGUGGAAGUCAAGAGGAGUGAAGCUUUUCUGGGAAAAGAACUAUGAGAUGGCAAUCAUGUGCUUUGAGAAAGCAGGAGAAAGGAAUUGGGAGAAAAGGGCGAAGGCAGCCGGAUUCAGGGCAGCUGCUGAUCGAAUAUCUGAUUCGAAUCCCAAAGAGGCUUGCACAUACCUACGCGAGGCGGCUGAAAUUUUUGACUCCAUUGGAAGGUUUGAGUCGGCAGCGGAAUGUUUUUUAGAUUUAAAGGAGUAUAAACGGGCAGGACAAAUUUAUUUGGAGAAGUGUGGAAAAUCUGAACUGGUAAAAGCUGCCGAGUGUUUUGCACUGGCUGGAUGCUAUGAGCAGGCUGCAAGAGUUUAUGCUAAAGGCAAUCAUUUCUCUGAGUGCUUAUCAGUUUGCACCAAAGGAAGAUGUUUUGGCUUGGGUUUACAGUAUGUUGAGUACUGGAAGCACGAUGCUGCUCAGUGUAGUACAUUGGGGAAAAGAGCAAGUGAAAUUGACAAAAUUGAGGAGGAGUUCCUGGGAAAUUGCGCUUUAAAUUAUUUUGAGCUCAAUGACAGAGGCUCCAUGAUGAAAUUUGUGAAAGCAUUCCCUUCAAUUGUCAUGACACGCAAUUUCUUGAAAUCUGUAGGGUGCCUUGAUGAGCUGCUGUUGUUAGAAGAAGAAUUGGGAAACUUCCCAGAAGCUGCAGAAAUUGCACGGCUGGAAGGUGAUAUUCUUCGUGAAGCGGAUAUAACAGGAAAGGCUGGGUAUUCUGACAAAGCAUCUUCUCUCGUUCUUCUUUAUGUUCUCUCCAACUCCCUAUGGUUCUCUGGAGGUAAAGGUUGGCCUCUGAAGUCAUUCCCCCAAAAGAAGGAACUCUUGGAAAAGGCCAUGUCAUUUGCGGGGCUUGGAUCCAACUUUGAAACCACAUGCACAUUGGUUAAAGUUUUAUCAAAUGAGUCAAGUGACUGGUCUGGCUUGAAGCACAUUUUCAUUGCAUCUCAGAAAUGUGAAAGUAUAAUCAGUGAAAUGUUGUGCUCUAGAAAAAUAUUGGAUGUUCAUUUUGAAAAUAAUGCUGCAAAGUAUAUUUGGGAUGAUAGUUUAUCAGCUAAUAUACAGUGUUCCGAAGAAUUGGUUAUUUGCAGCCAAGUUAGUGUCAGAACACUGCUUUACUUUUGGAAUUUGUGGAAGAAGACUAUCUUUGAUCUUCUUGAAUCUCUUCAAGGGCUUGACGUAGAAGACUUUGGUGAAUAUAAAGGCUAUUGUAAUUUCUGCCUAAAUUACUUUGGUGCUAGGCAGCACCUGAAUGAUCUCAAUGUUACAUACACACUGUUGCAUCCUGAUGCUGAAUGGGUUAAAAACAUUCACCAAAGUUUCAUCAGACGGUGCAAAAAGAUGGUAUUUAUUGAUGCUCGGCAUUUUAUUUAUGCCGCUCGACAUCACUGGCAUACCGAAUUACUUUUUGUUGGUUUGAAGGUUUUGGAUACUCUUGACUCCAUCUAUAAGUUGGCUGCAACUUCAGUGUCUCUUUUCCGGCAAAGCAUGUGUCUUCUAAAUAUAUAUGAGGUAGCAAAAUUUUUAAGUGAGUCCAAGGACCUUGAUUCUAAGAGUUUUGAGUGGAGAAUACGGCAUUUCUUGUCCUUAUCUACAAAGUACUUUGAGAAAGCCUUCCCCCUUGACCCCCGACUAUCAUUGAUGGAGAAUAUGAUUUCUCUCAGGAGAACUGAACUUUCCCGUGACGUGUUGCAAGAAUUCAUCCAUCAAGAUAUUAAAACCAGAGGUAUUCUGAGCUAUGGACAGAUUGGAAGGGUAAUGGUCGUAUGGCUUGCCUCUGGAAAACUAUCUGAAGAGUUGUACGAGGAAAUUGUUGGAAGAGUUCCGACAGAAUCAUGGAAAUCAUUCAUGAAAAUUCUCAACUUCAUUAGAAUGACAAAGCCGGAAGAAUCUCAAUCAGGCAAUGCUUGUGGAAGCAAAAAUUCUGAGUCUCCGGAAGUUUUUUCAUCAAGCAGUGGAACUAUAGGUAAUAUUCCAAGUGAAGCUUUGGAGUUAACAUUAGUUGAGAAAUUCUAUGAAGCAUUACAAGAUACCUAUGAUGUGAACUGGAUCAGACUAGGUGACUAUAUCUCCCCUGGUUGUUUCUUGUCUCUUGUUGAACGCUUUCUGAUUUUGGUGUCACGGUGUAAGGGAUUCUUUUUCACUACAAAAUCUUCAUUGGUAGAGUGGCUGAUCUCUGAGCAAGGUGAGGUCCAGGCCACUUCCAGGGUUGCUAUAAGCAGACAGUCUUUGGAAAAGUUUUAUCAUUCUGUUCUUAUAAUGGUACAACAACUCCUCUCAAAUAAACACAGUACAGUUGAAUGGAUUUCGCGAUCAAAAAUCAAUGUUACGGCAUACUAUAAGCUAUUGGUUAUGAGAUUGGUUGUUGUCCUAUGCUUGCUGUGUGUGAACAGCGGGAAAUACUAUGAUGUUCUUUUCCAUGUGCUCAGCAACUAUGAUGUUAGGAACCAUCUUCCAAAGGAUUUCUAUGGCAUUCUUGUACCAGGUUUGAAACGGAAGUACAUCCAGAUCAGUGAAAUCGGCGAAGCUUUUCGAAUUGCCAAAGAUCCUCUAUUGUUUGUCAACUUGGGUACAAAUACAACCACAAAGUUUUCUAAUGUCAUUCAUGUGCAGUUGGGAGCAAACGACAAUAUGGUGGACAUUAUUGGCUUGCUGUUUCCGGCUAGAAAUGAGUCACAAGCUCCUAAUUCCACAGAUCUAAAAGGCAUGGCUAACCCAACUUCUAUUUCUCUCUCGAAUUCUGAUGAUCAACCAAAGAUUUUGACAAUGCCUUGUCCGGAAGUCUCUCCCCUGUCGGAGCAGCAUCUGCAACAGAUGAAUUGGGACUUGUUUCAGGAAAUAUCUGAUUUUUUAAAGCUUAUUGGCAGUGAAAAUGAUAGAACUACAUCAUCUAUUGCUCAGAAGAUGAAGGAAGAAAUAAAUAUGAAUAUAAAGUUCUUGACUGCUGCCAUUACAAUGCCUGCUGUAAAAAAGCCUGACGCUGGUGAGGACAUGAUUGAGGAGGUUGGCAGUAUGCUUCAAGAGCUGCAACAGCUCCAUUCAUUGUUGGAUAUGAGUAGUUUGGAAGUAGCAACUGCUGAACAACUGUUGAAGAGCUUGCUGUCAAGAAGGCCCAAGCUUGAAGGUUUAUUGAAUCGAUGCACUGUACCAACACCAGAGAAGGAUUCAUGUGAGGAAAAAGGCAAUACAGUGUGUGGUGAAGAUGAGAAGGCUGAGCCGCCAUCUGUCACCAUGAAUUCUGAAAGCAGUAACCACCAGGAUACUGAAAGGAAGAAGCCAGAGAAAGUGAAGGGCAAGUCCAAGAAAUCCAAAAAGAAAAGAAACAAGAAGUAGAAAGCAACAUGCAACAAUAUAGUGUAAAUAGGAUUAGGGCCCUCAUUUUUAUGAUUUUCUUUUCUUUUUGUGCAAUCUGCUGCUGUGAAGUUAACUCUUUGAUAUGUUUUGCCUGGUGUUCUGUAAAUGCAAUAUCCAAGACAGAGAAAGUGGAACAAUUGUACAACUUGUUUGCCUGAUUUUGUUCUUGGUCAGUUGACUAUCGGGUAAAUUCAAUUGUAGGCGUUUGUUGGCAUUUGUGCCUUCUCCUUUCA